AUGAUCGAUCAUCAAUUCCUCCUGCAAUUGCAAUUGCUUAAUUCAGAGACGCCGCCAAUGGAGGACGGCACUUCUUCUUCUUCUUCAUCAUCAUCCUCACCUACAUUACCCACAAGCAAAUACAUCCCCAAGCGACCUUUCCCACCAUUGAAGGUCCCCAGCAAUGGCGUCGCUUCGGAUCUCAAAAAGGCGCUCUUCUCGCCGACUUCCCUCAUAAUACGCACCCCCACCUUCCGACCUAAUUAUCGAUCUCUAUACUUCGCCUGUCUAUUCACCACCGUUUUCCUCUUCUGCACCGUCCUCUUCCUCUUCGCAAAUCCCCACCUCCACCAUUCCUCUUCCCAGUGGUUCAAAAACAUGCUCGCUCGACGCCCCCAAUUACCUGCCUAUCUCCCCGAUUUCAUCUUCUACGACGCCGGCGGCGGCGGAGAAGGAGGAGGAGGAGGAAAAUACAAGAUCUCCGCCGCGAAAAGCAACGAGACAGAAUUGGAAGGGAACCGGAAUGGCAAGGGUUCGGAAUUGGGGAAAAUUGGGGGAAACGAUAGAGGCAGAUUGAAAGACAAAGCCUGGCUGGAAAUCAUGAGCAGAUGCGACAUAUACGACGGGAAAUGGGUGAAGAAUGACCUGGCUCCAUUGUACGAGAGAGGUUCGUGUUCAUUCAUGGACGAGUCCUUCAAUUGCCACAGAAAUGGACGUCCCGAAUACGCCUUCGAAAGGUACAGAUGGCAGCCCCACCAUUGCAACACCCCAAGAUUGAAGGGGCGGAAAAUGCUGAGACUACUGCGAGGGAAGAGAAUGGUUUAUGUGGGAGAUUCGAUGAACAGGAACAUGUGGGAAUCAUUGGUUUGUUUACUUAGAAAUUCCGUCAAGGAUAAGAGCAGAGUGUUCGAGGCUUCUGGUAGGACUGACUUCAAGAAAGAAGGGGCUUACUCUUUUCUGUUCUUGGAUUACAAUUGUUCGAUAGAGUACAUAAGGUCUGCCUUUCUGGUUCAAGAAUGGGAAACGACGCUAGCCAAUGGUUCGAAGAAGGAGACGCUAAGGCUCGACCUGCCCGAGUCCUCUUACGAUACGAUAAAAGAUGCAGACGUGCUCGUGUUCAACACGGGAAACUGGUGGACACAUGAGAAAACAUCGGAAGGAAAAGGAUACUAUCAAGAAGGCGACAAUGUCCAUGAGAAGCUUGAAGUCGAGGAAGCGUUUGCAAAAGCAAUGGCGACGUGGGCGAGAUGGAUCGAAGCCAACGUAGACCUGAAUAAAACUCACGUCUUCUUUCGAGGCUAUUCGUUCCCACAUUUCAGUAAAGGGGAAUGGAACACCGGGGGAAGGUGCGACGACAAAGAGCCAAUAGAAGACGAGAAAGAGCUUUUAAGUGCGCACGAAAUGAAACCUUCGAUACCUUUGAUGCUGGAUCGGGCAAUGGAGGGACUCAAAAUCCCGGUGUACUAUCAAAACGUGUCGCUGAUGACGAAUUACAGAAAGGACGCGCACCCUUCGCUUUUCCGGAAGCCAAACAUGACGGAGGAUGAGAAGAACUACUUUGCGACGCACCAAGAUUGCAGCCAUUGGUGUCUUCCGGGCGUUCCCGAUACGUGGAACGAGCUCCUGUUUGCGCAACUCUUGAUGAUCUACAAGCAAAGAAGAUUGCAACAGCAUCAAGAACAGCAAGCACAUUUGUAGAUUAAUUACAGAAUCUGAUCAUUCAAUGAAGAACUAUUUGAAAUCGAAGAAGAAGAAGAAGAAGAAGAUAGCUAAAUUUUCACAUGUAGUCUGCUAAUGUGCAAAUACAUAACAUUUGAUAUCUGUA